GAGCGCGCCGCGUCGCCCGCCGCCGCCGGUGCGGAGCGUGAGGAGCACUCGGCCGCAGCUCUCGCCUGUCGCGGAGGGUCGCGCCCGGCGCCUCCGGCCAGGUCGCCCUGUGCCCGGGCCUUUCCGUCCUUGGAGCGGAUCGCUGCCCGCCGGGAGCCCGUCUGCAGCGACAGCAGCCGCUGCAGCAGAGGCCGCGGCGUCGGCCGUGCCCGGGACCGGGUGUCCGUGUUCAGCCGCGUCCCCACCACAGCUCCCUCCACAACACUUCACCCAGACCUUGGGACGCCUGGCGGCCGCCUGCCCCUAACACACCUGUGAAGAGGUCGGGCACCCUGUCCUCCCAGCACAACAGGCAGGAUGGGCGACAUGGCCAACAGUUCCAUCGAGUUCCACCCCAAACCCCAGCAACAGCGGGAGGCCCCCCAAGCAGGUGGCUUCGGGUGUACCCUGGCUGAGCUGCGUUCCCUCAUGGAGCUCCGAGGGGCUGAAGCGCUGCAGAAGGUCCAAGAAGCCUACGGGGAUGUCAGUGGGCUUUGCAGGAGGCUGAAGACCUCGCCCACAGAGGGCCUGGCCAACAAUGCCAACGACUUGGAGAAGCGCAGGCAGAUCUACGGGCAGAACUUCAUCCCCCCCAAGCAACCUAAGACCUUCCUGCAGCUGGUGUGGGAGGCCCUGCAGGACGUGACCCUCAUCAUCCUGGAAGUGGCCGCCGUCGUCUCCUUGGGCCUUUCCUUCUACGCGCCGCCGGGAGAGGAGAGCGAAGCAUGUGGGAACGUGUCAGCCGGGGCGGAAGAUGAAGGGGAGGCCGAGGCCGGCUGGAUCGAGGGAGCCGCCAUCCUGCUGUCGGUCAGCUGCGUGGUGCUGGUCACGGCCUUCAACGACUGGAGCAAGGAGAGGCAGUUCCGGGGCCUGCAGAGCCGCAUCGAGCAGGAGCAGCGGUUCUCAGUCAUCCGGGAUGGCCAGCUGCUGCAGGUCCCCGUGGCCGCCCUGGUGGUGGGGGACAUUGCACAGGUCAAGUAUGGAGACCUGCUGCCUGCCGACGGCGUGCUCAUCCAAGGCAACGACCUCAAGAUCGACGAGAGCUCCCUGACCGGCGAGUCAGACCACGUGCGCAAAUCAGCGGACAAAGACCCCAUGCUGCUCUCAGGUACUCAUGUCAUGGAAGGUUCUGGAAGAAUGGUGGUGACUGCCGUUGGUGUGAACUCCCAGACAGGCAUCAUCUUUACCUUGCUUGGAGCCGGUGGAGAGGAAGAGGAGAAGAAGGAUAAGAAAGGCAAGCAGCAGGACGGGGCGAUGGAGAGUAGCCAGACCAAAGCUAAGAAGCAGGAUGGGGCGGUUGCCAUGGAAAUGCAGCCCCUGAAGAGCGCGGAGGGCGGGGAGAUGGAGGAACGGGAGAAGAAGAAAGCCAGCGUGCCCAAGAAGGAGAAGUCGGUCCUGCAGGGCAAGCUCACCAAGCUGGCCGUGCAGAUCGGGAAAGCAGGACUGGUGAUGUCCGCCAUCACUGUCAUCAUCCUGGUCCUCUACUUCGUGAUUGAGACCUUUGUCGUGGACGGCCGGGCGUGGCUGGCCGAGUGCACGCCCGUCUACGUGCAGUACUUCGUGAAGUUUUUCAUUAUCGGUGUCACAGUGCUGGUUGUGGCCGUCCCGGAGGGCCUGCCUCUGGCUGUCACCAUCUCCUUAGCUUACUCCGUCAAGAAAAUGAUGAGGGACAACAACCUGGUCCGCCACCUGGAUGCCUGUGAGACCAUGGGCAAUGCCACUGCCAUCUGCUCAGACAAGACGGGCACACUCACCACCAACCGUAUGACCGUGGUCCAGUCCUACCUCGGGGACACCCACUACAAAGAAGUUCCAGCCCCCAGUACCCUGACCCCCAAGAUCCUUGACCUGCUGGUCCACGCCAUCUCCAUCAACAGUGCCUACACCACCAAAAUACUACCUCCAGAGAAAGAAGGCGCCCUCCCACGCCAAGUGGGCAACAAGACGGAGUGUGCUCUGCUGGGUUUUGUCCUGGACCUGAAGCGGGACUUCCAGCCUGUGCGGGAGCAGAUUCCAGAAGAUAAGCUUUACAAAGUCUACACCUUCAACUCCGUGCGCAAGUCCAUGAGCACGGUCAUCCGCACGCCCGACGGCGGCUUCCGCCUCUUCAGCAAGGGCGCCUCGGAGAUCCUGCUGAAAAAGUGCACCAACAUCUUAAACAGCAACGGUGAGUUGCGCGGCUUUCGCCCUCGGGACCGGGACGACAUGGUGAAGAAGAUCAUCGAGCCCAUGGCUUGCGACGGCCUCCGCACCAUAUGUAUUGCCUACCGGGACUUCUCUGCUGCUCAGGAGCCUGACUGGGACAAUGAAAACGAGGUCGUGGGCGACCUUACCUGCAUAGCCGUCGUGGGCAUCGAGGACCCCGUGCGGCCCGAGGUCCCUGAAGCUAUCCGCAAAUGCCAGCGCGCUGGCAUUACAGUCCGCAUGGUGACCGGGGACAACAUCAACACAGCCCGGGCCAUUGCGGCCAAGUGCGGCAUCAUCCAGCCUGGGGAGGACUUCCUGUGCCUGGAGGGGAAGGAGUUCAACCGGCGCAUCCGCAACGAGAAGGGCGAGAUAGAACAGGAGCGUCUGGACAAGGUGUGGCCCAAGCUGAGGGUCCUCGCCCGAUCGUCUCCCACCGACAAGCAUACUCUGGUCAAAGGGAUCAUCGACAGCAACACUGGCGAGCAGCGGCAGGUGGUGGCCGUGACGGGGGAUGGCACCAACGAUGGACCAGCCCUCAAAAAGGCAGACGUGGGCUUUGCCAUGGGCAUCGCAGGGACUGACGUGGCCAAGGAGGCCUCAGACAUCAUCCUGACCGAUGACAACUUCACCAGCAUCGUCAAGGCCGUCAUGUGGGGCCGCAACGUCUAUGACAGCAUCUCCAAAUUCCUGCAGUUCCAGCUGACCGUCAACGUGGUGGCCGUGAUUGUGGCCUUCACGGGUGCCUGCAUUACUCAGGACUCUCCUCUCAAAGCUGUGCAGAUGCUGUGGGUGAACUUGAUCAUGGACACGUUUGCCUCUCUGGCCCUGGCGACAGAGCCGCCCACCGAGGCGCUGCUGCUGCGGAAACCGUAUGGCCGGGACAAGCCCCUGAUCUCACGCACCAUGAUGAAGAACAUCCUGGGCCACGCAGUGUACCAGCUCGCCAUCAUCUUCACACUGCUGUUCGUCGGGGAGCUCUUCUUUGACAUCGACAGCGGGAGGAACGCACCCCUGCACUCGCCGCCCUCGGAGCACUACACCAUCAUCUUCAACACCUUCGUCAUGAUGCAACUCUUCAACGAGAUCAAUGCCCGAAAGAUCCACGGUGAGCGGAACGUCUUUCACGGCAUCUUCAGCAACCCCAUCUUCUGCACCAUUGUCCUCGGCACCUUUGCAAUUCAGAUUGUUAUUGUCCAGUUCGGCGGAAAGCCCUUCAGCUGCUCCCCCCUGUCCACAGAGCAGUGGCUCUGGUGCCUGUUCGUUGGUGUCGGGGAGCUGGUCUGGGGACAGGUCAUCGCCACCAUCCCCACCAGCCAGCUCAAGUGCCUGAAGGAAGCAGGGCACGGGCCUGGGAAGGAUGAGAUGACUGACGAGGAGCUGGCCGAAGGGGAGGAAGAGAUCGACCACGCUGAGCGGGAGCUCCGCCGAGGCCAGAUCCUCUGGUUCCGCGGCCUCAAUCGAAUUCAGACGCAGAUGGAGGUAGUGAGUACCUUCAAGAGAAGCGGUUCAUUUCAGGGCGCCGUGCGCCGGCGGUCUUCGGUCCUCGGCCAGCUCCAUGACGUAACCAAUCUUUCUGCCCCUACUCACAUCCGGGUGGUGAAAGCAUUCCGUAGCUCGCUCUACGAAGGCCUGGAGAAACCGGAAUCCAAGACCUCCAUUCAUAACUUCAUGGCGACGCCCGAGUUUCUGAUCAAUGACUACACCCACAACAUCCCGCUCAUCGAUGACACGGACGUGGACGAGAAUGAGGAGCGCCUGCGGGCCCCCCCGCCCCCAGCCCCCAACCAGAACAACAAUGCCAUAGACAGCGGCAUCUACCUGACCACGCACGGCACCAAGACAGCUACCUCGUCAGCGUUUUCUUCCAGACCCGGGAGCCCGCUCCACAGCGUGGAGACGUCCCUCUAGGGGAACUGCUCUCAGCGCGCACCGCACACACGCGCUCGCGGCCAGCCAGCACGGGCCUGCGAGGAGGGCACGGCCAAGGCAGCUGCAGGGGUGCUCGCGCGGCACUCGCGGGGGCUGCUCCACCCGAGGCUUCCUACCUGGCACUGAGGAGGAGGAGAGAGAAACUAGAGCGUGAGCAGAGCUGCGUUUCCCUUUUUUCUAUCGAAGCAUUUUUUUUAAACGAACACUACAAUUCCACCAGACGUUCGCCGUUCGGGCUGUGUGGUGGGGCGGGGGGCUGCGCUCGGCUGAUGGGGCCUUGCAUCGCACCCACCAGAGAGUGAGCGGACCGACAGGUUCGCGCAGGAUGCCUCGCCAGCCCCCCGCCUCCCCGCCGGGAGCCGCCCGCAAAGGGACCUGCACCACGGAGCACCCCUCCCCCAGGACACACGUGCGGUCUGUAUGUGUGCGCGCGUGUGUGUGUGUAGCUGUGUGUGUGCGUAUAGACAUAUACGUACAUAUAUGACCCGAUGCAUAUUUAAAGAAUAAGGAGCUAUUUAUCAGCAUGAUAUUUCCAUUCCUCUUAUCAGGUGUUUUCAUUUUGGAAAUUUCAUUAUUUACUGAGGCAGGGUUUUUUCAGGGAACGGGACUGAGAGAGUAUCUUUUCGGUUGCUUGGCCCCCCCACCGCUGCCCCCCACCUUCCGCCCAGCCUCCGUGCUCUGACCCGGUCCUCCCUCCCGCACGGUUCCUGGGAGUGUUGCUGUGCAGAUUCCUGAGAAGGUCGGGGAGAGAGACACGAGGCCGGGGCGGUUAGAAUUGGAACUUUCGCGCUUUGAGACCCCUGCCUAUGGGAGCAGGACCCUUUUGGUGGAAUUUUUUAUUUAAAAGGAAAAUACCAAAGUAUUGGUGAGAAUGAUCCCCUCCGGUAGGUGGAAAGGGGAGUUUUGCUUCCCGUGCCCUUCGGUUUCAACUCCAAGUCCUGAAUUCUGGUUGGCGGGCUUUCUUUGUCCAUGCCCAGCUGCCGCCCCCUCGGGAGAACCCGGAACCCGAAGCAGCCCCAGGAGAGCCAGGUCCGGAGGUGGGAUGGGGGUGGGGAGAGCACCAGGAGUCAGGCAGAAAGUGGCAGAGGAAGAGAUACUGUCCAAACCCAAGAGGAGCUGAUGUGACCGCAACCAAGAAGUUGGGCCGAGGGGUCCGUCAAGUGACUGGGGUCAGUUCUCAGUCACCACCUGCCAAAGCACUCAUUAAAGGACAAGUAUGACCCAUGCAGGCGUGGCUCUGUGUGUGCAGCCACCCACGGGGACAUGGGGGAAGCCAACGCGGGAGCAGAGCCCCUGGGGGCCCCUGUGGCUCAGCCCCAUGAGCCCAGAAGGCUGAGGAGGUGAGCUUUGCCGUGCCGGCGGAGCACCCUGUCUGCGGGCAGGAGAGCUGGGCCUGGGCUCCCCAGAUGGUUCCCUCGGGGACCUCUCCCUGCCGUAUGGGCACUCCUGGUGCCAAGCCUCAGUUUCCCCUGAAUGCACACUAACCAGGGAGGGAAAAGCAGAAAACGCAGAGGGUCCUUUACCUGCGGAACGCGGCUGUCUCGUGUUUUGCCCAGAGGCAGUUGAGGCCCGACCUGUGCCUCUCACUUGGGCCUGAGGCUGAGCAGGAGUAGUCAAAUCUCAGGCAAAGGAGUUCCAGUUAGACAAGAAAAUCCCACUUAAAAUGCCAGCUACAGAUAACUUAAAGCCAUCCCUUUAUUCCAAAGGGCACAUUGAGAAUGUUAUCCAUUUGUAAAUUGUUCCCUAAUGUCCUUGUUUAAACAACAAAAAGGGCAACUCAAUCUGUUGAGGGUCUGUGUGUUCUUAAACUAGAAAUAAAAUUGGAAAUCUUUCAACUGAAGAAGAUAAGGGGCGUAUGCUCUGCUCAUGGGCUUCUUUUCAUUCCCUGUUAGAGACACCUCAGUAGAACGAACGGUCAGCAUAGACCAACCGCCCUCACUGCUGCUGUACAAAGUUGCCUCCUGUGUGUGUCCAUUGUUUAGUCCCUAGGUUGCCUUUCCUCGGGGUAUGGGGUUCAGAAAAGGGGCGCUGUGACCUCCGAUUGUCACUCUGGCUAAGGGACCUAUCUUGUGAAGAAGCCCCCCUCUAUCGAGCAUAUAAUACGGAAUGGCUUGGUCAGCUGUGUUCAGUUAUUAAAUAUGUUUUACAUUCUUAUCUGCCUGUUAUAAAGAAGAACAAAAAUUAUCUUAAUGAGGAAGACCAGAUGCAUAAUAAAUUAAAGUCUGUAGUUGAAUUUCCUAAUUUAAAGAAUAGACCAAAAUUUCUGUGUAUUAAAAAAAAAAAAUGAAAG